CGGGCCGCUGGAGCCCUGGAGGCCAGGCCCGGCCGCUCCCGGCCCCGGGGGGGCACGUCGGCCCAGCCGCUGGGCUCGGGAAGCCGCCGCCAUCACUGCUCGGGACUUCCGAACUUCCCACCUCCCUCCGGUUCGUCGGAGCGGCCCAGGGGCCAGCACCAUGCGCCUGCCUCCGGCCGCCUCCGGCCGCGGCCUGGCUUGGGGGCCCCUGGUGCUGGGCCUCUGCGGGCUCCUGGCUGCGUCCCAGCCUCAGCUGGUGCCCCCCUACCACUCGGAGAACCAGAGCUGCUGGGAUCAGGAAAAACAGUACUAUGAGCCCAAGCAUGGGCUCUGCUGCUCCCGCUGCCCCCCAGGCACAUACGUCGCAGCCGAAUGCAGCCACAGCCAGGACACGGCUUGUGCCAUGUGCGCUGAGAACUCCUACAAUGAGCACUGGAACCAUCUCUCCAUCUGCCAGAUGUGCCGCCCCUGUGACGUCGUACUGGGCUUCGAGGAGAUCGCGCCGUGCACCAGCAAACAAAAAACCCAGUGCCGCUGCCAGCUGGGCAUGUUCUGUGCCCACCGGGCCCUGGAGUGUGUGUACUGCGAGCCGCUUCCCGAGUGCCCGCCUGGCACCGAGGCUGAGCUCAAAGAUGAAGUGUCGGAGGCCGACAAUCAUUGCGUCCCCUGCCAGCCAGGACACUUCCAGAACACCUCCUCUUCCAGUGCCCGCUGCCAACCGCACACCAGGUGUGAGGACCAUGGCUUGGUGAUGGCAGAGCCAGGCACUGCCCAGUCUGACACAAGAUGCCGCAACCCACCUGAGCCGUUGCCCCCGGAGACUCCAGGAACUGUGCUGGUGCUGGCCGUCCUGUUGCCACUCGUCUCUUUCCUGUUCCUCACCGUCCUUGCCUGCACCUGGAAGAGCCUCCCCUCUCUCUGCAGAAAGCUGGGAUCCCUGCUCAAGAGGCAUCCGGAGAGAGAGGAGUCUCCCUCCUGUCCGCCUGCAAGGGUCAACCCGCAUUUCCCUGACCUGGUGGAGCCACUUCUGCCCGUCUGCAGAGACCCGUCCCAGGCCUCUGCCGGGCCCCUGGCCCCUCCGUGUCUGGAGGAAGUGGUGCUACAACAGCAGAGUCCCCUGGGCCAGACCAGAGAGCCAGAGGCUGAGCCUGGGGAGCAGGGCCAAGUGGCCCAUGGUGCCAACGGCAUUCACGUCACAGGCGGCUCUGUGACUGUCACCGGCAAUAUUUACAUCUAUAAUGGUCCGGUCCUAGGGGGAGCACGGGGCCCCGGAGACCCGCCAGCAGCCCCCGAACCUCCCUACCCUAUUCCUGAAGAGGGUGCACCUGGCCCUCCCGGGCUAUCUACACCCUACCAAGAAGAUGGCAAAGCUUGGCACCUGGCUGAGACAGAGACACUGGGCGGCCACUCCCUCUGACAGGAGCCCCAGGGACCAGUGUCACCCAGGCCUUACAGAGUCUGGGAAGAACAGAGGAGCAAGGCACAAGAGCACACCUUCUCCC